AGUACUUUCCUUUUCUCAUCGUCUCUGAAACACUCCAGGCAGCAGAAACUGCAAUCAUGUCUUUUACCGGAGAUGUGUGUGUGGUAACAGGAGCGUGUGGCUUUCUUGGGGGUAAGCUAAUUAAGCUACUACUGGAGGAGGAGAAUCUUGCAGAGAUUCGACUGUUAGACAGAUGUAUUCGACCUGAUCUCAUUCAGUCACUGGAAGAUUGCCAGGGUGAGACAAAACUGAGUAUGUUCGAGGGUGACAUCAGGGACAGUGAGCUGCUAAGGAAAGUGUGUAAAGGAGCAUCCAUCAUUUUCCACACUGCCUCUCUCAUCGAUGUCACAGGAUCUAUUAACUACAGUGAACUGUAUGGGGUAAACGUGAAAGGUACCAAAUUGCUUCUAGAGGCAUGUAUCCAGGAGAAUGUUGCUUCCUUCAUAUACACCAGUAGCAUUGAGGUUGCUGGUCCAAAUCAUCACGGUGACCCUAUCAUUAAUGGUAAUGAGGACACAGUGUACAACGCUUACUUAAAGUUUCCCUACAGCCAGACCAAGAAGGAAGCUGAACAGCUUUGCCUUAACGCCCAGGGUGAAAUGCUACAAAAUGGAGGCCGGCUGGCUACCUGUGUUCUCAGGCCGAUGUAUAUGUAUGGUGAGGGCUGCAGAUUUACUUUAGGCCACAUGAGGGACGGAAUCCGGAAUGGUGACGUGUUACUGAGGACUUCACGACGUGAAGCUAAAGUCAAUCCUGUAUACGUGGGAAAUGCGACUCUUGCACAUCUUCAGGCCGCACGAGCUCUGAGGGAUCCAGAAAAGAGAGUAGUGGUUGGUGGGAAUUUUUACUACAUCUCAGAUGACACUCCACCUGUCAGCUAUUCUGACUUCAACCAUGCUGUUCUGGUACCACUUGGCUUUGGUAUACAGGAUAAACCCUUCUUGCCCUUCCCUAUUCUGUACCUCAUCUGCUUCCUCAUGGAGGUGGUCAAAGUCUUGCUCCGUCCCUUUCUACGCUUUACCCCACCAUUGAAUAGGCAGCUUUUGAUCAUGCUAAACACACCUUUCACCUUCUCUUAUCAAAAGGCCCACCGAGAUCUGGGAUACACUCCUCGUUAUAACUGGGAAGAGGCACGCAAACAGACUACGGAUUGGCUGGCAUCAGUCUUGCCCAGAGAAAGACAACAAAUCAAUAUGAAAUAAAAACCCACAAUAGUGUACUUUUUGUUUUGCUCAUUUUUUAAUCGAAUGUGACUGCUUAAAAUAGUUAAAUC